CAACAUCCAAAUAUACGCGCUCUAUAGGUUAUCAUAAUAUCAUCCGCUAAUCAAGAAGCUGCAGAGCAUUAAUCAUCAACCCGUUCAGGAAGCUUUAAAUCACAUUGUCCUUGUCGCUACUUUUUUUUACUCCAUUUUUGAGGAUUUCCACUUUUGAAAAAAUUUCCAACAACUCGAAAAAAGUAACUGAAAAACAAACUCUAAAAAGACUUAAACCAAAGCUGAAGCUGACUCUCUCAACUUUGUAGUAUUUAUUUCAUCAUUGGCAAUAUAUAUAGAAAAAUAGACUCUAACUUUCCCUAGGAACCUAAAGUUGUGUCAAAGACAUUAUCGACUCUGACUCUUGUAAAUUCAUUAACCAUUUAGUCUCAUUCACUGACCCGUCGGGACUUUCUAGAUUAAUCCUGUAGAUAACUGUCUUCUUCAUCAUCAUCUAUUAUAUUAAUAUAUAUAUAAUUUAAAUUCAUAAUCAAAACAAAUAACAAACAGAAAAUGACUGAAUUUGAAACUUUCGAUGCCAACUCAUUUGUUGGUAUCAUUCCAGUCCCUGAAAUUAGUUUAGAAAGACAAGAUAGUAGUGGUACUAUUCAUCAUAGAACAUUGUCUUCGCCGAAUAAUUACUUAUCUGAACCUAAUUCUUCAUCGCCUCCUACAAUUGCUGGAGCUAAUGGCAUGACAACUGAAGAGGAUUUUGUCAAGGCCAUGCUCUAUGAUGCAUGUCUGAGAGGAGAUUUGAAAUUCAUUCAAGAAAGUUUACAGAAUAUGGCUAAAGAAUAUCAAUCGAAUAGAAAGAGUACUUGUGGUUCGCUAUCUUCAUCAUCUUCAUUGCUGGCGAAUAGUGUUCUCAAUCAGACAGCAACUGAUUUGACAGCAGAUGUCAGGUACAUGUUGCUCUAUACUACAUUCCCAGAACAUCAAGAUUGUAACUUGGUCCAUAUUGCUGCAAAAUCGAAUCAAGUUGAUAUUUUGCAAUGGCUGUUAACUGGAGAAGUUGCUCACCACAUUGAUGCACAACAAUCACCAUUCGAAGAAUCCAAUUUUACUGAAUCAUCCUCCCCUAGAUCCCCACUUGUAAAUCAAUUACUUUUAGCAACCGAUAAUCAUGACGCUACCCCAAUUUUCUAUGCUUGUCAAUCCGGAGCACAAGAUGCUUGUGUUUAUUUGUGUAGUUUUAAAUGUGUUCAAGAUCAAUUGAACACUCAACAUGACAAGUAUGGAUACCUCCCUCUCUAUAUUGCUCUUAAAAGAAAAGAUUACGACCUUUGCGACCUUCUUCAAUUAUUUGGAGCUAAAGUGGACGUUCUUGUUGGAAAUAGUGAGACAUUACUUCACUAUGCUGUCAGAGAAAAGGACAUUCAAAUGGUUGAAUACUUGGCAAAAAUUAAACCUAAUUUAUUGUUAAGGAAAAACCAAAGGGAAGAAAAUCCACUUUUCUCCUUACUCAGCGACAGUAGAGGUGGAAGAAGAAGAAAGAAGAGAACUGACACAAUUUCUGAUUUAGAGUUUGCUGACUCAACUGACAAGUUCAUGUUAGGAUCCUUAGUUUCAGAUAACGAAAGCUACCUGAAUGGUAGCGUCAGCUCUGGAGGAUCAUUUUCUGUAGGAAGUUUGGGAAAUAGCAAUUAUUCGAGUCAACAAAAUGUUAAUGCAAACAAUGAGAUUGUGGAAGAAGAAAAGAUGUUUUUUGCAACCUUCCUUUUCAAAGGAACUUUAAUUUUUGGUGUGGAUACAUUCGAGAAGAGUUUCCUCCAAAAGAACUCAUUCGGAAGAAAUAUCAUUAUGGAAUGUGUUGUUCUAAAUGAUAUGAAGGCCUUCUCCACUUUAUCUCAAUUCCUAAAGGAUUAUUGCGCCACAACAGGAACAGACAGGUUUGUCAACCUCCUUGUCACAGAAACUGAUCAACAACAGAGAAAUUUAAUACACUUAGCAAUCGAAGGAUGUGCCAAACAAGCUGCCUCAUGGAUUUCGAGACACUUGAUUCAAUUGGAUACCAUGUCGGAUCGACCUGUUGAUAGAAACUCUGUUUCUUCAAUGUUUAGUUCGAGAUCAGUCAUUUCAAAUGUUGAAAUUGAGACAUUUAUUACACAUCAAAGAUAUAUUUCAUGCCUGGAAUCAACAAUUGAUUUUGUUGAAUCACUCUCAGGCCACACCAGCACAGCAUUAGGGACUCUCUACUACGCUAAGGAUAAACUUGGAAAUAUUCCAGAAGAUUCCUGCAAGGCAAUCCUGAAGGAAUAUCAGCUUCCUCAACAACACAUGCAACAAAUAAUGCAAACCUUCUCAAAUACCUUACAAAAUGGUUUGAAGAAUAUCAAAACAAUUGAAAGAAAGAAGACCAAACCAAAACAAAUUACCAAGUCAGGAUCCUUCUCUUGGAGAAAGAGCCAACGUUCCACUCACAAUCUCUUCAGUAAUCCUCCACCAAACACUGAUUCUCUAAAUAUUUCAAUCGAUGAUUCAGUUUCUCCAAGUAACCGAAUGUCGACGAAAAGUCUUUAUGGAGAUGAAUCGAGCCCUUCACAUGCACAUUCAUCAACCUCUAAAAAGUUAUCAAAGAUCAAGGCAGCAUUCAUGAAACGGUUGAGAAAAUAAACAGUUCAUAAAGCAAUUUAGUUUAGUAAUUCUU